GGUCGCUGGGAGGGGCGGUGUUGUGUACUAGUGGAAGUGCUUUUCCGUACAGUUAAAAGGUUGGCACUGGCAAAGAACCUGACUGCUGGAGGAGCAAUAAGAAUGAGACAACACCUGGCACUGCACGGCUUGACGUGUACACACAGUGUCAUUCAUGCAAUAUCUAACUAAUUCACUAGAAAUGGAGAAGAAGCAACUAACAGAACAUAUCUUGAAUCAUGCUUUGGGUAUUAUAUACUUGCUGACUGAAGAGCUAGGUCUGUACAGUCCAUGGGAUUUGUCCUAGGCAAAAUGCUUCACUCUUGCGGCACAUAAUUGACUCACUGUUGAUAAAGGAGAUGAACAAUAAACAGUUAAGUGUGAGAAUCUUGAACCAUGCACUUGGAAUCAUCUACUUUCUCAGUGGUGAGGAAUAUGCCAUUGUGAAAAGGAAUUCACCACACAGCGGCAUUCAUCAAUUGACUGGAGAGGUACCUAUAACAUGUGGUGAUGUCUCUGUCUAUUUCUCUAUGGAUGAGUGGGAUUAUAUUGAAGGACACAAGGAACUGUAUGAAGAUUUGGUGGAGAAAUACCAGAACAAUAGCGACGUGAAAGUCACAGAUAUCGGGAAAUCUGAAGUAAACUUAUAUGAAGAAAACAGCACUGCUCCUGUUCUAUGCAGAGAACGAGAUGAGUAUGGCAUACAUGAAAAUCGCAAAAUAAUAGAAACUAGAAUCCACUCUAACUCCUGUGCAGAAAUCCAAGAUGAAAAUAUCAACAAUGUGUGCCUUACCUAUAGUGAAGAAACAGAAGUGGAGAAUGAUAUGGUUGAAAUUGAAUCCAACAUCUGUGCAGAUGAAUUUACUGCUGGGCUCGUAUCAGAUGCAGAAGAAACCGAAGAGCCACGUGUAACAAAAGAGGAGGAAUCUCCAAAGCUCAAGUCUUGUGAAACUACAACUAUCUUGCAUUCCAUACUGGCAGAUGAAUCCAUUAGCAGAAAUAUUCUGAGUCUGCACUCACCACCCAAACAAUCGGAUAAGAAAAUGGAAAAUAUUGGCAAUAUAUCGCAUGUGUUUCAAAGUAAACAUGGGGAACAAAAUCUACCUGCUGAUUCAACCACUUGGAGUACAGAAAACUUCACCUCUUCUAAUAUUUCUUAUCAGUAUAGCAAAACAAACUCUCAGGACACCGGUAAUGUUGAAUGGAACAGUAUAGAAGUAAAGCUAGAAAUGAGCAGCGAUGGUGAACAUUCUAGUCGAGAGCAAAGUUGCAGAGACUUUCAGUCACUGCACGAAGGGGAUACUGAAGGAGAGAAGAUCCAUAAGUGUAAUGUGUGUGGAAAACAAUUUGGAUACAAGUGUUAUCUGACUGUACACCUGAGAACACACACAGGCGAGAAGCCCCAUAAGUGUGAUGAAUGUGGAAAAUACAUUGCCUCAAAAGCAAAACUUAUUAUUCACCAAAGAACGCACACAGGGGAGAAACCAUAUAGCUGUAAGGAAUGUGGAAAGCAAUUUCGUUCAAAGCCUUAUCUUGUAGAACAUAUGAGGACACACACAGGGGAAAAGCCACAUAGAUGUGAUGAUUGUGGGAAGCAGUUUGCUUAUAAAUCUAGAUUAAUUGUACAUCAAAGAACACAUACAGGAGAAAAACCUCAUAGAUGUUAUCAAUGCGGAAAGCACUUUGAUUAUGUAUGUUAUCUUAUAAGACAUUUGAAGACACACAAAUGGUAGAAGUAUAGAUUUCAAAAAUAAAUUGCUAAUUUCAAGGGAAAAAAGGCUAAAAUCUUUUGAGAAAUUAAGAGAGACUUCAUCGUGUUAACAGAGGGAAACACUUCUGGCAGGAAUUUUAUUGUCUGCAAAACAGAAUGUGCAGAAAGAGUUAUUUCACUGCAACAUGUUGAGAAGCAGUAUUAAGUAACAACUUGCUCUGUUUGAAUGAUCUGUAGUCGGCUGCAGUAAUGUCCUUAAAGAUGUCAUUUUAUAGGGAACAUCACCUACUUCUGUGAUAGUAAGGGAUUAAUAAAUGCUUGGUUUUGGAGGUUGUCCUUACUGGCAUCCAUGCCAUUAUCCUGAGAGGUGCUGGAAAAAAUGGUUGUUUUAGUGUAUUACCAUUACAGACUAAAAGAAUGGGUCAUAAAAAGUUACAAUGCAAGGUAAAAAUUCUUUUUAGAAUGCUCAUUGGUUAAAACAAAAUUAAAGCACUUUUGCAAAUUAU